AUGGGCGGCGGGUUCGAUUACAGCAAGUGGGACAAGCUCGAGCUCUCGGACGACGAGGACGACCACCCGGGCGCGCAGUUCAUCGAGGCGAACACGCUGCGGCGGAUCAAGCGGCAGUCGCACGAGCAAAAGACGGAGGAGAAGAACCAGAAGAUCCAAUCGCUGAUGGGCGAGAUGAAGGACGCGCUGAAGACGAUCGCCGCCGUCAAGCACGACGCCGGGGACGCGCCGCUGACGGAGGAGCAAGAGCUGGCGACGAGGGCGGCGCAGGAGAAGCACGACGCCGCGAGAGCGGCGAUCGACGCGGAGGAGAGAGAGCGGAAGUUCAACGCGGAGGAAUGGUGCCACGUCUCGAACACGUUCGACCGCUCGCUCGUCGGCGCCGCGUGCGUCGCGGACGAGGGCGAGGAGGAGUUGGAGUACGAGCCGUACGUGAAGAAGUACGGCGAGCAGCUCGAGGAGGUGGCGCGCGCGAACUUCAACGAUUACGCGGACAUGGCGGAGCACUUUCAGCUUCGAACGCAUCUGCUCACGGAGCACAGCAUGGGAUGGAUGCUUCUGAAGUGUCUCUUCCUGGAGAUGGACGGCAAGCGCGACGAGAUGCGAAUCGCCGCGAAGGUUGGGUACGCGCUGAAGUGCGUGCUAGACUUCGCGGAGGCGGGGGGGAAGACGAUGAAGGACGCGGCGCGCCCGUUCUUCACGAGGCUCGCGACGCACCCGGAGGUGCUGACGGAGUACCACAAGAGCCUCGACGAUUACGUCGAUAAGCUCGUACAGCGCGCGAAGGAAAAGAAACUCGAGGAGGAGGCGGAGAAGUUCGCGGCGCAGAGCUCGCUCGCGCAGGCGGCCGCGAUCGACGAGGUCCCGCGCGAAGAACGGCUGGGCCCCGGCGGGUUAGACCCCGUGGAAGUCUUCGACUCGUUGCCGAAGGAGAUGCAAGACGCGUUCGAGUCUGGGGACGUGGACAAGCUGCGGGAGUUCGUCAACGGGCUCUCGAUGGACGAGGCCAGGCAUCACAUGAGACGGAUGGUGGACGCUGGGUUGUGGGUGCCGAAGCCGGGGGAGGAAGGGUCCGCGCUGCAGCCGGGGCCGGACGCGACGGAGGAGGAUGAGGAGGAGGAGGAGGAGGAAGAAAAGGACGCGUGA